AUGGGAAGAGAGAUCGACUGGGAAGAUUUUGAAACGGAUUUUGAGUGGAAAUACUUCUCACCUAAAGCAAAAGACUGGCUGGAGAUUCAAUUCUGGGAGUUAACUCAAGGCAACCGGAAAGUCAGGGAGUAUGAGGCGGAGUUUACAAAGCUAAGGAAAUAUUCUCCUUAUGGAGCAAGGAACGAGGGUACACUAAUUCGAAGGUUUAUAAGAGGAUUGCGAGCGGAUUUGGCUAGCCGACUGCAAGUAGUAAAGUUUCAUAGCCUUUAUGAAUUGGCAGAGAUAGCGGUAAAUGUUCAAGAAGGUAUGGAAAAAGAGCAAGCCAUGAUGAAGCAUUCAGAGCCAUCUCGCAGAACUGAAGGGCUAGGAAUACGAAGAAUGAAUAAUAAAGGACAAUUUAAUCGAGGGAGAAGCCGAGGAAGAAGGAAUGACAGACGGUUUGGGAAUGGCCCAAAUGUGUGUUACACUUGUGGUGGUACAAGCCAUUUUUCUAGCAGUUGUCCUUAUAGUCAAGGAAGGAAGGCUCCUGAUUAUAUUACUUGCUUCUCGUCUGCACCACCCACUAUACUAGCGAUUGAACCAGCUCCGAAGCGCCAGGCAGUUGGAAAGCAAGUGAAUGCUUUAGAGUUAGGAAAGCCCGAACCGCAACAGCCCCACCAGGGCCCGAUCACAGGAACAUUGUGUGUUGGUGGAGUUUAUGUGCAUGCUCUCUUCGACUCGGGUGCCACACACAGCUUUGUGAUACCUGAGGUAGUGUCUAGUUUUAAGGGAACCUUUACUAGAGUAAAGGUAGGUGUUUUGAUUAGAACCCCUAGGAACCGUAACCUUCAUGCCGAUAGUUGUGUACUUGGAAUUCCAAUCCAUGUGGGAUCAAUGGUAUAUCCGGCAGACCUUCUAGUUGUUCCUUUAGCACAACACGAAGUGAUUUUGGGAAUGGACUGGCUGCCGAGAUACUACGCGCAGUUGGAUUGUGGUCGAGGAAGAAUUACACUUGAAAAAAGAGGACAACCAUCAACGACAUACUAUGGGAUAUGUCCAAGUUCUGGAGUAUCACUUGUAUCUGCUUUAAGAGUUAAGAAGGAUUUGAUCAAGGGCGAAGUAUAUUUGCUAACUCUGACUAUCCUUGUAGAAGACUUGAAAGAAGGGACGCAGUUGGAAUGA